AUGUGCAGCCCGGACCACGACCUCCUUGACACGGUAUGGCUUGAUAACCCUCAACAAGAAUCCACCGGUAAAAAAGGCGAGAAGCCGUGGCAGGUUGACCCUAAGGCUGCAUCGUAUCCGUCCGAGGAUCCUGCAUCGACGGCUGUUCGCGAUGCUGAGCUGGAUGUCGUCGUCAACAACCAACUCGCGGUGCAGGAUCCGCCUGCCGCUCCUCCGCCAACGGCGUUUCGCGACGACAUGGUGUCGUGGCUGCUGGACGAGGCGAUCGACGGCACCUUCACGGCGGACGCGUGGCACGACUUCGCCGCCGCUGCUCUCGGCGAGGCGGGCAAGGAGAUCCACAAGGACGCUGCGGCUGGCCCGACUGACCCUGCCGCCAAGCCUUCGUCCGUUCACGCUCCCGGUCCCACGCCCGCAGAGGCAGACGCCUUUCACAAGUCCGCCGCGUUCGGCGGCGUGAAACCGGGCUUCAAAAGCUUGAGGCCUGAGCAAGCGAUGGUGUCGCAGAGACCGGUCGGGCAGGGCCAGGGGACGGGGUGCGACGGGAUGGCGAAGAAGACGGCGCUGAGCAACAUGGGCGUCGCCGCGCUGCUUGCGCAGAAGCGAGCCAUUAGCCUCAAACCGGCCGCCUGCGCCGCUCCGCGCGCCACGCCACUCAACUUCUCGCACUUCUCUCUUCCCGCCGCCCUCUACGGCCGCUCCAACACUAAGUCCGCCACCGCCCCCGGAUCAUCCGCAGCCGCGCCGCCCACCAGCUCGCAAGGUAACUUCCGGCCGCCAACUAAGGUGCCGGCGCCGCCCGCGAAACCCGGCACUGCUCCAUCUACUCCCACGCUUGCGCGCGCAGGCGACCCUUCAGCGUCUCCCCCGCAAUCUACAGCGCAGCAACCCGCGCAACUGGCGGCUACGGGGAGCCCCACGGCGGGGGCUGGGAGCCAGUCGGGUGCCCCCGCAGGGCCCUCCGCACGCGGGUCGCGGUCUCCGCCUGCCGGUGGCGCGUCCUCCGCGGCGCACUCUGCUGCGGCGGGCGCGCUUGCCUCCGCUGCGCCUAAACCACUCCCGUACGCGCCGAUCGCGAAGCAGCAGCAGCAGCAGGGCGCGGAGAGGAUGCGCGGCGAGGCAUCGGCGGACGCGUUUCACGCGUCGACGGUGACGAGCAACGUGGACGGCCCCGGCGCGUGGGGCAAGCACGAGCGCGACGGCACGGGCAGCUGCGCCGUGGGGGGCGACGACGACGACACGAUGGGCGCGCACAGGGAGCGGAUGACGCGCAAGAACACGUGCGGAACCAAGGACUCGGGCAUUCAUCCGGGGUCGGGCGGGGGCAGCUGGGGGAAACGGUCGCGCGAGGAGAGCGAGAACAUGGUGUUCGACGAGGCGGACGCGGCGGAGGAGUCGGCGGACACGCGCAAGACGAACACGACGGCGAAGCGCAUGGCCGUGUCGGGCAACGAGAGCAGCGCCGCCAAGCGCGCGCGCGCCGCGGAAGUGCACAACAUGUCGGAGCGGAGGCGGCGAGAUCGCAUCAACGAGCGGAUGAAGACGCUGCAGGAGCUCAUUCCUAACUCCAACAAGACGGACAAGGCGUCGAUGUUGGACGAGGCCAUCGAGUACCUCAAGAUGCUGCAGCUGCAGCUACAGGCAAGUCGCCCUCCACCACCCGCUCCCCUUGCUGCUCCCUCGUCCGUCGCUCUGCUCCUCCGCCACCCCCCCUCAACCCUCCCCCCCCCUCGUGCCCCAACCCCCCUUCCCCUCGUGCCCCGCCAUGUCAUGUCCAUGCGCACGGGCAUCAGCAUCCCCUCCGGCCUCACGGGCGCGGGCGCCGCGCUGCCGUCGCUGGGCGCGGCGAACAUGGCGGCUGCCGCGGCGCACAUGGGAUCGUCGCCACUUCCGGGCGCGCUGGGGAUGGGGCUGUCAGGCAUCGGCGCAGGGCUGGGCGGGGGACUCGGGGGGAUCAACGCGGGCAUGGGCAUGGGGAUGGGCAUGGGGAUGGGGCUUGGAAUGGGCGGACUGGGAGGCAUGGGGGGUUUGGGCAUGGGAGGCAUGGGCAUGGGCGGUCUUGGGCUGUCGGAGCUUGCUGGACUGCCAGCUCAGCAGCGGCUCAUGAUGGAGAUGGCGUGCGCAGAUCUGGCGCCGAAUACAGCCGGGCAGGGGCAGUUGAAUGACAUGUCAUCGGUUGCUGCGGCAAUGGCUGCUGCCACGUCAUCCCACUCAAAGAUCAUCCGCAGCAAGCUCGACGACGUAGAGAUUCGCGCCUUGGAGGGCAAGCUCGAGCUGCUCAACAUCCAGCGCCAGCUCAGCGCCGUGCGCUGCGAAAACUUUAUCCACAUGCUCCAGUCGUCGCUGCAGCACGGCGGCGACGACGACGACUUCUCGCUCGAGCUCGACGAUUUCCCCGUCCGCCGCUCAACCAUCCCGUCGCGUCGCUCCUUCGAGGUCUCGUCGCGCCACUCGCACCUGUCGGAGGACUUCGCGUACCUCGAUGCCGGCGCGGACCUCUCCCGCUCCCGUUCCAACCCCUCCGCGUCUGCCCCCCUCACGCGGUCGCUGGGCUCCCGUUCAGCGCGCUCCAGCACGUCGUCCCCCGCGGGGCUCACACGCUCGCUGCGGCGCCACGCCAGCCUCAACGUGCGCCGCAACGACAUCUUCCGAUGA